AUGUUAAUUUUAAUUAAAACACCAACCAUCACCUUUUCUUUGGAUGUUCAACCAGAUGAAUCGACUGAAGUUUUGUAUACAAAGGUUGCAGAACGUACAGAAUAUAAAAGAUUCCAAUUUGAAUUGUUAUUUGCAGGUGAUAAGAUUGGAGCAGGAAGUGUAGGAGCAUCGGGUAUUAAAAAGGAGGCUACCGUGCAUAUGGUGGUUAUCAAGGAAUUGAAAUACACUGUAUCUUAUGAAGGAAAAGAAUAUAACCUUGCAUUGCCAAACAAUGAUGGUCUCCAAAUCAGUCAUCUCCAACAACAAAUCAAACGUUCCUUGGUUGCCGAUAUCCCAGAAGUCAGCUCACACAAGAUCGAGAUUUACAAGCCAGGUACCUCAACCGUCAUCACUCAAUACACAUCACUCCAAAGUAGUUUUAGUAACUUUGAUACCAUCGAGUUGAAACUUGUUGCUCCACCAGUAAGCAAGAAAUCAUCCUCUUACAGUAGCAAAGUUGCUAGUGGUAGUGGUAGCAGUAGCAGUAGUGAUGAUGAAGGAGACUCUUACUCUAAAUCAUCAUACUCUUCACCAAGCAAACCUAUUGUAGAAGAACAAUUUGACAAGGAUGCUUUAUUAAGUAGUUUUGUUGAAUCUUCAAUCUCUUCUGAUGUUGAAAUUUGUUUCUGUUUUGAUACAACUGGAUCAAUGAGUUCAAUCAUUCAAAAUGUAAAGACACAAGUAGAGAAUACAGUGAAACGUUUGAUGAAGGAUAUCCCAUCGAUUAGAAUUGGUAUUAUGGGGUUGGGAGAUUACUGUGAUGGCAAGCUUGUCUUGACCACCCAAGACCUGACCCAAGAUGUUACCACCUUGGUCAAGUUUAUCAAGAAUGUUCCAUCGACCUCUGGUGGUGAUGCUCCAGAGGCCUACGAAUUUGCUCUUAUGAAGGCCAAAGAGUUGACAUGGUCCGAACACACAUCCAAAGCUUUUGUUAUGAUUGGUGAUUCUAAUCCACAUCAACCAACAUUCACCGAUUUAAAUAUUAAUUGGUUUAAAGAAUGUGAUGAUUUACAUGAAAGAGGUAUUAAGAUUUAUGGUGUAAAGGCAUUGGGUAGUUCAAUUUUCUAUAAUGAUAUUGCUGAACGUACUGGAGGUAUUUGUAUCGACUUUAAAAAGUUUGAUCUUAUUACAGAGAUGUUUUUGGCCAUUUGCUAUCGUGAAGCAUCGAGCAAAAAGUUUAAAGAGUAUGAAGGAGAGUUGGCCAAAAAAGGUGGUGAGAACAAGGACCUCCAACAAAUCUUGACCGAUCUCAACAAGGAAAACUAUGUUGUUGAAAUGACCAAAGAAGGAAGUGCAGAGGAGACCAAAAAGCCAGAAGAAGAGGAAGUUAAAAAGGAAGAGGAAACAACUUCAACAACUUCAACUACAACUACACCUCCAUUAGUUGUUGCCGCUGAAGAGGAAACUAAAAAGCCAGUUGUCAAAGUCAUCAAGAAGCAAUAUGGGUAUCCAAGUGAAAUCAAAAGUAAAGAAUCGUGGUAUGAUAUUGCCAACGAUAAGGGUAAACCAAGUUACUAUUACAAUCAUACAUUGGGAUACUUUACCAGUAGCAAAUCAACCAACCCUCAAGCAUACGUUCCACCAACACCACCACCAACCGUUACACGUUCUACCACUGGUGCUGACGGAUCCUCUGCAUCCACCGUCAAUGAAAUGUUUACCUUUUCAUCAUAUGAUUUCAGUGCUCAUGAAAUUGAAAGUUUUAAACCAACCUCUCUCAUUGCCUAUGUCUUUGGUGACACUGGAAUUGGUAAAACUACUUUUGUCAAUAGUAUCAAUUAUGUUGCCAAGGAAUAUAAAAAUAUGAUUAAUUUUAGAGAUGUUAAUUAUAGUCUUGAUAAAUAUAAAUUCCGUGAAGCUUCAUUAUUUAUUAUUUGUUAUGAUGGAUCUAAAAAGGAUACCUAUGAAAAUGUUCCAAAAUACAUUCAAGAAAUUAGAAAGCAUGAUAUUUCCAAGCCAAUUGCCAUCAUUGCUCUAAAGGAUGAUCUUACCUCUGCCUUGCCUCUCAAUCCAACAACCAUCAAGAGUGUCUACUCUGUGGUUGGUUUCAUGAAGUACUCUUCCUACUAUAAACAUGAGGAAAUCAAGAAUAUCGCCUAUGAAUUGAAAUACAGUCUUGGUGGAAAUUCAAGAAAAUCUUGUUCAAUUAUUUUAGAAACAACAACAACUACUUCCUAUUAUUAUUCCUUGCUAUUCAAUCUUUUAAAUUAUUAUAAAAGAUUGUUUAAGAAAGAAGAAAGAGAGAGUAAUGUGACAAUUAGCAAAGAAGAAGAAGAUCUAUUUAUAAUCAACAAUAUUAAAUUAUAA